AGAAAUAAGAUGCACAAAAGUGCUUAUCAUAAAUACUUGGAUGGACCCAAAUCCUAAUAGCUUAAACUUUUGGAUUACUUUUGCUGCAAGCAUCUCUGUUAAUUUGUUUGUUGUGGCAAUCUGCUUUUCUGUUUCUAGAAGUAAUAUAGAGCCAGCCAUGCUACAUGUACACUAGAGUUUUACACUCUAGUGUACAGCCCCCUCACAUGCGAGGGGGCCCACGAAUUUUUUAAUCAAUGUGGGCCCCCUCUCAUGUGAGAGGGGUACAAGAAGCAUUUUUCAUAUAGAGCUGUAGGAUUGACAGAUCCUUAGGACUCUUAAAAAGCAAACAGUUACAAGGCAUAAUGGUUAUUGGACGAGGCAGUAACAUUCAAGAUCUUGGAAACUGCUCAUUAGAGAAAUUGGUGAAUAUAAGUCAAAUGAAGAUAUACUGAUUAAGUCGAAGUUAGAUGAAGAUCUAGAAACCAAUAGCACAGGUUCCAGAUGAGUAAAAAAGAGCAGGGAAAAAUGUGCGUUGUCCUUGGAGAGCUGCUAAGGCAUAAGGCUAAAGACAAGGAGCCUAUUCAUGCUAGGAAGGUAUUGGCAAGGUGUGACUGCUGCUUUGCUGACAGUGGAGGUCUCAAGCAGGAAGAGUGAAGAUGAUUGGGUGCUAACAUGUGAAGAAGGAAACUCACAUUAAAAAUGUUAGAUACAGUGUGAGUAACAUACGUGGAUGGGCCUCAGAACAACUUAACCUUUUUGGUUAAGGUGCUAAUCUGCAGGCUGACUCUGGCAAUGUGAUCAAUGAAGGAUGAUGAUGAAUGGAUUUCUUACCAUUCCCUAUGUACUAUGUUGGACUCCUGGUGUUGUUGAUUGCUCCUGAGAUAGUAGAGAAGCCUGGUGAUAACUCCUUAUCUAGGCUUAGAAUGUUAUAUAUUCAAGCCAAAGAGCUGUCAGAGAGUGAAGUGAACAUUUCCACUCAAUUAUUAGGACAGCUGGAUGCAUUACUGCCUUCUGGGACUCCAGGACAACAUCGAAGAAGGAUAGAAAGUAAUGAGCAGAAAAAGAAACGGAUGAAACCUGAUUCAGAUGUCACACGACUGUCUCCUUCUGUGAGAAAUCAGCUAGAUUCUCUUGCUAAUAUGAAGGGUGAACAAGUAGCAGCAAGGGUCACUCCAGAGGAUGCUGAAAAAGAUGAAUGGUUCGUAGUUAAAGUAAUCCAUGUCGACAAGGAAACGAGAGAAUUUGAAGUCCUAGAUGAGGAACCAGGUGAUGAAGAGGAAAGUGGUGGGCAGAGAAAGUACAAGCUGCCUCCGUCACGUAUUAUACCAUUUCCUAAGCGGACCGAUCCCUCAAGUAUUCUAGAUUUUCCUCCUGGAAGACAUGUUUUGGCAGUUUAUCCUGGAACCACAGCACUUUAUAAGGCAACUGUAGUCCAACCUCGUAAGAGGAAGACUGAUGACUAUGUUUUGGAAUUUGACGAUGAUCAUGAGGAGGAUGGAUCUUUGCCUCAAAGGUUAGUUCCCUUUCACAGGGUUGUUGCUCUUCCUGAAGGGCACCGACAAUGAAGUUAAUCAGUUAUGUUAUUUAUAGCUUGUAUAUAUAUUUAAAAUUUCACUCUGUGUGUAUUGAUUUCAAAUCACGGUCACUAAUACUUAAUGUGGUAUGAUUUUAACUAGUGUCUAGUGAUAUAAGUUUAUUGCCUUGUACCCGUUGACUUAUACCCAUGUACGCUCUAUUGAAUAAAUUAAGUCAUGUGUUCAAGUUUCUUCGA